AUGGCCGCGAAAGAAUUGCAUCUCAAGGGCAUUGUAUUGACCAUUGCAACUCAUUCGGGCCCGCAGUACGUCUACCAUUACGCUUGUCCAAAAAGCAAUGAUCAGGAAGUCGAGGACACCUGGUUCGAUGACACCGACUCGGACGAUGCGAUUGACUGGAGCGAGAGCGAUGAGGAAGCGCCUUAUAUCCCCAUUGCCCUGAAUCUUCCUGCGGGAUCACUUUUAAAUACCUCGACCCGGCGCAGAAGACGCAGAGCAAUGACGGUCAAGUCAGGUCAAGACAGCAUUGUCGUGCAAGAGGAAGACACGACGCAAAUCCCUAAAAAGCUUGCGCAGGACGCAGAGAAUUUGGUUUUUGGUUUCGAUAGUAGGUUUUUGGCCGAACUGUUAAGUCCUCCCCGGCAAUUGUGCAACCAACGUUUUGAACUCGCAGUUGACGGUGCAUCUUUCGUGGGGCUGCCAGUGCAUAUACUUCCCUCGGGUACUUGGAGGAAAUUGAAACAAGUCAAGAAAAACAGUGUUGCCAGUGCUGAAGGGAUUAAUGGAGACAGUGACGGUGCUGAAGAAGAUGGACAAAAGGAGAGCGAGCUAAGAGACAGCAUCAAGGACCUGAAAAUCGAAAACGAAAGCUCUAUGGUCCAAUUCAAUGUCACAUUGGUCUUGGUCCCUCCCACACAACGGGCGAAACUACACACGGAUCAAUUGUACCAGUAUGUGGUCUCUCAACUGGCCCGCAUGCUUCGCCAUGAACAGGCGAGAGACAAUUAUGUUUGGGAGGAGGCUAUGAAAAUUGCCAAAAUACGCGAAGAGUCAAUGCAUGACAAUAAUAUUCCCAACGCUAAUGUCCUGGAUAUUCGGAUUCGACAGUCCAGUGAGCUGGCACGAGCCCUCCACCACAUCUUCCAAGCCAUCGCAAGCAAUGGUAUUGCACGAGUUCAAAUUGGUCACAAGAUUCGUGCUUUUCAACUGCCGACCGACCACGAGGUAGUGAGACUUCCUCACUUUGUUGAUGAAGCCACGCUUGCUCGUAACCAGUUGUAUCCAGGGACGCUGCGGAUCCGGGGAAAAGAAAUCGGGGAGGAUUGUGCAGAGAGUUACAGUUUGCUGUUACUAGACGAGCCUGAGAGAAUUAUUCGAGAUAUCGAGGUUGAUCCCUCUGGACCGGUUGGCGCGCUAAUUCGUAAUAUCCAGCCCACGAUAUCCAUCCAAGCCAUGGCUAACCAGAACAAUCUCAGCCUCAAGCAGAUGAUCAGCUUGGUGUAUUCCUUAGUUUACUGGCGCAGGGCCCGUAUUAUCAUUCCGAUUAGCUCGCGACAUGUGUACGUUGUCUCACCAUUGGCAAUAUUAAACAAUCUGCAACGGCUGUCUGUGUAUUAUACUGAUCUGUUCCCUGCAAUGCCGCCUUUGCAGCGAUUUUUGGCAACACUAUCGAGUACCAAGCCGCAGCCGUUUGCCUAUUUUAUUCCUUCUCGAGAUCACCGUGAUAUUUAUCUUCGCGUGCUGAUGUGGCUUUUGCAAAACAACCUGGUGGUUCAGCUUCAGACAUAUGUGGCCAUCAUGGUGACGCGCAAGAUUCAAUUGACUGUCCACUACGAAGCAGAUUAUCUUGGCGAGCCCGAGCAUGCGGCCACCCAAAACAAUACUGGGACUGAAGAUCCGCGUAAAACUGACACGAGUGUUGACAACAGUGCGAAAAGAAACAUCACGAACGAGUUCCCCAAGAAGGCACUGCCCCGGCUGGAAGAAGCGACUGAUGAAAGUGACCACGAUAACUUCAGAGAUUGUGUUAUAGACAACCCCUUGCAAGCGACGCUGGUUCAAAAGAAAUGGCUGAACAAAAUUGCCGCUAGCAAGUCGAGAGAGAUGGGAGCCAUGUUCCACAGACUGUCCAAGUAUUUUAAUGGAAAAGACUGCUUAGAACAAGUGCAAUUGCACGAGAACCUCUCCAAGCAGGAGCUCAGAAAGUUUUUGGACGACUUCUCAGAAUAUUUAAUCACCUAUAGGCACUGGUAG